UCACAAACUACUAUAUACUGCUGAAGAGAAAAAGGUAUUUAGCAGUUUAUAUUUACUAAAAUAAUUGCAUUUCUAUGUUCUGUGCACUGUGGGAGACUGGAUAUAGUGAAUGCAGGGUCCCAGGGAGAGCUGGAUAUAGUGAAUGCAGGGUCCAGGGAGAGCGGAUAUAGUGAAUGCAGGGUCCGGGGAGACCGGAUAUAGUGAAUGCAGGGUCCGGGGAGAGUGGAUAUAGUGAAUGCAGGGUCCGGGGAGACCGGAUAUAGUGAAUGCAGGUCCGGAGAGAGCAGAUAUAGUGAAUGCAGGGUCCGGGGAGACCGGAUAUAGUGAAUGCAGGGUCCGGGGAGACCAGAUAUAUGAAUGCAGGUCCGGGGAGACCGGAUAUAGUGAAUGCGGGGUCCGGGGGGAGAGCGGAUAUAGUGAAUGCAGGGUCCGGGGAGAGCAGAUAUAGUGAAUGCAGGGUCCGGGGAGAGCGGAUAUAGUGAAUGCGGGGUC